AUGACAACAAUGUCGGACAGUCGCGGUGGCCCUACUGGUCCCAGGCAAGUCCGCAAGCGGGCAGGAAAUUUCGCGCAGGAUCUAGAUCUAGCAACCGCGACCUUGACAAUUGAGAAUACCAUUGGCAGCGGCGAGGGCGCACAUGGCGCUGCCCAUUUGUUGGGAUCGAAGAACUUGGGUUGGAUAUCCGAUAAGGUGGGCGCCGGCGUGGCUACGAGCUCGGAUCUCGAAAAAUUGCACCAAAUAGCCAUUCGCCUGGUAACUUUUACGAGCGCCAACUUGCAAUAUGCUAAACGAAAAGAGCGACAAGGAGCUAAGGACGCCACCAGUCCCAGGCGUGCCAUCUUGCACGGAUCAGGCUCGGCGGGUCAUCACCACGAACAACAUGGCUGGGUGAAGCAGCAAGCGCUGGCGGGUCCACUGGUGGAGUCGCCUGCAGCGCAGGGAGCAGACCACUUUUAUCCUCGUGGCGGAGCUGCAGGAAGCCCGACUGCGCGACUGCAGGAGCAUGCUCGUGGAUUGCUUACUCGACGACAAUCGCUACCUGCGUCCAGUAAAGGCGGUAUGGAACGGGUGUCCUUCUCACCAAGUUCGCGUCGCAGCCAGAGCGGCGGCCCGAAAGCCGCGCCGCGAAAGACAGCCGGUCCUCCUGGUUCCGCCGCGCCGCGGAGCACCGUGGGAAGCAAAAUCACCAGUUCCCAAUCACCAAGUUCAGGAGCCACGCAGCCGCGCAGUCUGGAGGAAUUACGAACGGAUCCGAAGAAAGGAGCUUCUCCAAACGCACGUAGGGGUGGAUCUGUCGUCGACUAUUCCAGCUACGGCUUGAAGAAGAGCGUUAUUGCAGUUCACAACCGUCGAACGGACUUUUCAAACCCUGAACUAACCUUUCAGCCUCUCGUCAGGACAUCGCCUCUUCACACCAAAGUAGUCUCGGGAAAGGACUGGCUUGACCUGCAACGAGAUAAUCACCUCAAGCGCAUGGAAGAAAGAAAACGGUAUCUAUCUAAUCAUCUCGAUCAAUCGUUUACGUUUUAUCUCGAUGUCAUAGUUGAUUGUACUACUUCUUCUAUUGUUUUUGUUGCUGUUGUUGAUCUUCCUUUAUUGAUAUUUUGUUGGCAACAUCACUUUCCUCCAGGUUACGGGAAGAGGAAAAUCGUAUUUUCGAAGAGCAGUUGAACGAGCAGGCGAAUAUGAAGCACAUUACCGAGGCCAGUGUGAUGAUUAUUGGAGAUAACCAUACGUCAAUUGAAGCACAAACCCAAAACUGGAUUGAGAAAGAACUGGAGCGGCGUAAAAAUGACGCUGCUAUGUUAGAAAAGCAAAAAAUUGAGGAAGAACAAGAACAAAAGCGAGAACGCAUGCUCCAACCGACAGAAGCAAUCGAGGCUCACUACGAAGAUUUCUUUCGGCGUCAGGUUGAGGAUCUCGUCGCGAGAAAGCAAAAGUACUUGUUCUUGGCUAAUUCUUAAGCUAGAAAAAUCUUAUCCACUGACUGCGUCUACGGCUACGAGUGCGAGCUCUGCGUAGAUAUAAAUAGAAAGUUCAUCACCAAGAAGUUGGCUUUGUCAUCUAUAAUUAAGUUUAGAUUGUUGACGGGACGAAAACGAAGACUACAUGGAUCCAAAAGUGAUUCAACAACAUUCAUACUACGAACAAUGGCAAUGACAAAAAUCAGAAUCAUCAAUCAAAACACUACGACUCCAAUACCACCUCAGACUCGAAGGAGCUCAGCAAGCUCAAGAAGCGACUAUGCGCGUUGAGUGUACCUUUAAGCCUCGCGUGAGCGGUCCUGUCCUACCCAAGUAUUUGAGAAGGCGAAUUGAGGAGCAGCGAGGUAACACAUAUUUAUACAGUCUAUGUCUUUGUUAGUAGUUGAUGUUCACUUCGAUUUCCUUUUUCAGUUUCUCUUACGUAAGAAAGACAAACAGAAAGAGUGUCGACACAUUUUAGUUUUACUUUUUGGCAGACCACGGAGAAAUUUUCGGAGAACAGGAAAGUAGAUGUAGAAGUACAAGAUUCUGAAAUAGAAAUAAUUAGAAGCCUCAAAGUGGAGAUCGUCUGGAUCUCUAUUUACAAAAAUAACAUCAACCAGGUCAUCCUCCGGAGCCCCUUGCGGCGCCUGAUGCAAAUGGUUUGCCUCACUAUGCACAAGCGACCUCGGUUUACCGUAUCCACCAGAAGGAACACGAGCCCGACAUUCUCCGUAGUUACGUGGAUCACUUGGAUCGUAGGGUCAUUGCUAAAGAGGCCCAAGAGCGGAUUCGACGCACGGCUCAGGAGGCGCGUGACCGGGAGGAGGCCGAGCAUCGCGCAGCUCAGGCAGCGGCCCGUCAAGCCGCUGAGGUGGCGGAGCGGGAGGCUGCGGAGUCCCGCGCAGCGGCCGAAAGGGCAAUGCAGGAGAAGGAGCAAUCGUAUGCGAUUCGGCUAUUGCGCGCAAGUGGAUCAGAGCAUGACAUCUCGCCGGGGAACGUGAACGACGAACUGUUAGGAGAACGUACUCCAUCUUCCAGAAGUAGUAACAAGAAAGAGAGCAAGAAGGGCAAGAAAGAUAAGAAGAGUUCUUCCAGAGCUCCGAGUCGCGGAGGUAGCGAUUCCGAUGGGGAUGGUAAAAAGAAGAAGCGGAAACGCGAAAGGAACACGGACCCCAACUCCUUGGGCCCACCUAGUAGUGGAGGGGAGGACCUAGCCAGUGGCGCAAGCGACGCAGAAGGAAGGAACAGAUCGUCAAAGAAGGACAAAAAAGAGAAGAAGAAGAAAGACGAAAAGAACAGUCCCCGGGAACGCGGCAGUGAACAGGAUGUCGAUGAGAAGAAGAAAAAGAAGAAAGAGUCUUCUGAUAAAAAGGCUCGGAAGAGUGACGACAAAAGUGACGCUGAGGAGAGCCCCUCGUCUUCGAGAAAACGGCGUGCGGAAGGGGAAGCGUCAGACGUGCCCCCAAGCAGUGCGGGAGAGGACACCACGCCUCGCUCAUCAAAGAAGGACAAGAAGGAGAAAAAAGAGAAGGACAAGAAAGAGGCAAAAGCGCCCUCACGUCCACUGCUCAGUGUAGAGGGAGCUCCUAGACCACGCGACGCAUCUGCUCUUUCCGACUCGUCUGCGCCGCCGUCUGGCAGCGACGCUGAGGGUUCGGACCGGCGUAAAAGCAAGAAAGACAGGAAGGAGAAGAAAGGCAAAGACAAGAAGGAAGACAAGAAAAUGAAAAGUCCUCGCAAGGCGAGUGAUGUUGAAGAAAGCCCUAAGAACGUCGAGGAACGCGAGAAGCGAAGCAAGGCGUCUAUCCAUGGAGCGGACCGGGAGAGUCAUGUUUUUACUGUCGAGGAAAUCAUGAGCUCGAUGAAAGCUGCCGCGUCAACCACUAGGACCAGUGGCGGCAGUGUUCCUGGUGGAGGCAUGUUUUCUUCUGCAGGAUCCCUCAGCUUCCGCAACUACAACAACUCGUCCUUGAGGGGCUCACCGGCACCAUCUUCAAUCCGUGAUAGAGGGAGCAGUGCUGUGGUCGACGUGAAGCCAGCCACGCGCACGCACGUAAAGAAUACUGCGUUCACUGCAGUGACCGGGUUUUCGUCAGGAAGCGGCGUUCCGAUGACCGGUAAUGUGGUCAGCUCUAACUCUGGAUCGCCAGGCACGAGCAGUCUCGAACACACACCGCGAGCACCUGGCGGCAUGGUCGCUUUUGGCUCUUCACCGAAGAUUUCCUCAGUUGACCUGCGUGGAGGUGCUAGUAGUAGUUCGAACACCACACCCAGGAGUGGUCUUUUAACGUCGACCGCGUCGCCGCGCGGCGGACCACCACCGCCGCAACAUCGGGAGCAAUUCGCACCCGAGUCACCACCUCCGCCGGUAAAUGCAGCUGACCCAGAGCACGCGUCACCGCCACUAGGUGCCCAGAUAGACAGGGAGAGUCCGGAGCAACAGAGGCCAGCGGGUCUCAGUCCCGAACAACAACGACCGCACGAAGAGAAUAUCUAA